GAGAGGGGGAAGGACGCAGAAUGGCGGCCGUGCCGUGCUCCAAAUGCACGGCAGAAAGAAAGGGCUUUCGGCGGGAACUUGACUCAUGGCGAUACAAGCUGAUCCACUGCGUUGGGUUUGAAAGCAUCAUAGAGGGAAUUUGUGGCGCAAUGUUGACAAGAGACCUCAAAUUAUUUGAUGACUGUGAACCCAAAGAAGUGGAUGACUGGUCUCCAGAGACAAACUGCUCUCACUGCUCAUUCUGCAACCUUCCCCUGGACAAAGUCAGUGAUCAAACACCCGCAACCGCGUCACCCCUGUCAUCCCCCUCUGAUUACUCUCCAUGUCAAGCUACGACCAUCUCUGAGAGCAGCCAAACAGCUCAAAGGUUCCUCCAGGCUGUGUUCCACAAGAAAGAUGUGUCCCUGGGCUGUGAUUCCAACAUUCCUCAAAUUGCAGAGGAGCUGAUGAAAAAGAUGAUACACCAGUUCGCCAUGGAGUAUGCAUCGAAGUGCCUACUCCACACCACACCCAUGGAUGUUGCAACAAGGACCUCCUCGCCUUUUUUCGAAACGCCAGAUGCCCCGUUGGACCUGACUGUGAGCCGACCUCUGGGUGAAAAAGAAAGGGAAUCUAAUACUGAUGGUGUGCUUGACCUCUCCAAAAACAACGGUGCCGGUUCAACAACUUCAACAUCAUCAACAUCUAACGCAAAAGCCUCAGGCUACCUACUGCCUUCAGAUGAAGAAGCAUCGGAAGAUACACAGCCGAGAAAGUGUCAUCAGGAAUCAGCACUGGCUGUUGUGCUUAGCUCUCUCUGCCCAGCACACCGUUCCUUACUGUACCAGAUGCUGAAGUUGGCACACAAGGAAAGAUUGCUCUCGUCCCCUGAUCGUGUUCUAGCGGAAGCUCACUGCUGUCAUGGCGGAGUAAAGAGCAGCGCAUUCCACCUUUUGUCCGAUUGUGGUCAUCGAGGCUGCAGAAGCACAAUGUUCCAUCCCAGACACACAAUGCCCAAUCAUGGCAUUCCUAAAUUCCCUUUAAAAGACUAUCGAAGUGUGGCUCCUUCGGGUCCACACAACUGCCGUAUGCAAAGGUGCAGAAUGGACACCUACACUGUGGUUUGCCACAAGAGUCUGCACUGUAUUUGCUGUCAAGGUCUGACUGUAGAUCCCAUUAACAACAUUGUGUGUUCCUUUGAUCCUUGCACUCCAGUCUGCUGUAAGCAUCACAAUUGCCCCCCUUGUGUAUGUGUUCCAAACCACACCCAUUUGACACAGCUGAAGAACACAUCAGACAUAGGAGGGGAUGGAGAUCCACCUUGUCCUGUCCUGAAUAGAGAGCAGAGCCCUUUUCCUCCUCCGCUUUCUCCAAUCCCUUUAGAUAUCGAUAUGAUUACAGAUGAAAUGCCACCUUCCCUAUGUCACCAUACACUAGAAGAAGAGGCCCUAAUUACAGAUACAGCAAUACCCGAGGAGAUAGAGUGCAGGAAGAACCAAAGUGGAACUUUACUGAAAGAUGUGUUCAAUCGCUUCAGUGAGAAACUUGACACUAUCAGACCUGCAGAGAAGGACCUAGCUCUGGUCUACCCAGCCAUCCAUGUGACAGAAAAGGAGCAGCUAGAAUCCUCUUCCACCAGUCAAAACUUGCAAGAUGCCCAUCUAACUGAAAUCAUUACCACUGUUCUUCACACACGCAGCGGCAGUGACUAUAACCUUACCGAUCUGGUCAGUCGCCACCAAAGCCAAGAGCCUAGGUCGCCAAACACGCGCUUGCGGCGCCGUCAGGAAGUCCAGGCAGCUAUGGCGACACCAGCUGACAGUACUAUGACCCGAAGGCAAAGCUUGCAAAUUAAACGAGAGCUUGCAGUGUAUGACAGUAGGAGAACAUACAAUAGGAGAAAGGUCGUGCAAGCAAGGAGAUCACAAAUAAAAGACGGUAAUGUUGCAGUAAAUACAGCUAGCACUUUGUUGGACUCGAAUGUCAUUCAAGAAGAAACAGAAACUGAGUUGAAUAUAGAUGAUCCAAGAGUUCAGGAGGUACCACUGAAUAUUGUCUCUGCUCAAAGAGACUUAAAUGGCAUCAAAGAUAUGAUACAAACGGGGGAAAUAUCCGCAGAUGAAAAACACGCAACCUCAGCUGACCGACAGAACAAAAUUUGCAACCAGUGCUCACAAGAUGACAAUGAGCAGUCACAGGUGAUGACUUCGUGUAACAAGAUUAGUGAUGCCAUGAUUUUUGAAAAUGCCUCAUUUGCCCAAGGCGGUGCUACUAAUAAAUGUGACCAUAGACCAGAUAGAAGCCAUAAUCCUACUGAAGACAGUCCAGGUCAAAGAUCCCCACCGAAAGAGUCUAGGAGAUCAAAGAGAAACAUAGUCCCUCCGCAACGAUUCUCCUCUUACGUCACAGAACCCAGGAAAAUGUUCUUUGUCGCAUGUUUUUCUGAAAGCAUCUUCAGCCAGAGAAUAGACAAUGCCAAGGUUUUCACAUCAACCACCUCUGAUGCCUUAUUGAAAAAUGUGCAUGUUAAGGAUGCUUCGAUGAAGUCCUCAGAAAAGGACUCUCCCCUCUGCUCAUGUGAUCUCCCAGAGGCCUUGGAAUUUAUCAAUAGCGAAUGGCACAGUCCAUGUCAUGCAGAAUCAAACGAGCAAUCCCAAACUGUAGCACAAACAUCUCCAAAAAGAUCAGGCUCCAAAACUGCAUCAAGAAGGCUCCAGUAUCCAAAUGUGGGUGUAACUACCAGGUCUGCAGCCUGCACUAAGACUCCUUGCAACACUCCAGUCCAGUACAUAAGCCCAAUUAAGUUAAUGUUUGUAACACCGUUAAAAGACAAACAAGGCAUCAAAUAUCGGCUUAAAUCAGUAAGGUCUGGAUCAAAUGCACAAGCAGAGGAACCCUUUGACCCGUGCAAAGAGUCCUCCUGGGCCGGGACAACGGAGAAGAAGCAAAACACAACAUUACAUCAGUCAUCUACCUCACCGGGUAAAACUGCAUUCCCAUUGACAAAGUCAGGUUCUACACCAGCCAAGUCCCCUUCCGCAUCACUUAAGUCCGCUUCACCUCUCAAAUCAGGCUCGGGAGCAGGCAAGUCUCUUUCUUCACCAAAUGUGCCUCUUUCCUCAUUACGUCGGUCUACAUCUUCCCCACCAAAGUCAGCUUCCGCUCCACUAAAGUCAAAUUCUAAGUCACCCUCCCCGUCACCCAAGUCUUCAUCAGCAUCUGGCAAACCUACUGCUUCACCUAAGUUGGUGUCUUCUUCCCCUAAAUUAUGCUCCAGGAGAUUAGGUGAAUGUACUUCACCUGAGAGCCAACGAUCACCAGGUGACUUGCAGUCUUUCCAUGAAACCACUUCCCCAAAAAGACGUCCGGGUCGGCCAAAGAAACUGGGGCCGCACCUGGAGCAAAAAGUAAAAAGACCAAUCGGUCGACCGCGAAAGCAGAAGCCUGAAGACACAGCACCGGGGGCAAAAGGAGCAAAACUGCCUGAUGUAGAGGAGAAUGUCAACAAGAACCUCAAAAUAACAGUAGUGUACGGCCGAUCAAGAAGAAACAAACGAAUGGUUUCAGAGAGCUUUGAUAAACUUCAAACUGAAUUCCAAGAUGCCUGGCGAGCAGCAAGUCUGAAAAAACGAUUGGGUGUGUUAACACGCAAGUCUGAGAUCAAUUUAGAUAAUUCCAAAAUCGGUUCAGCAAAUUUCGGCCCUAUGAAAGACCCUAGCAGUUACUUUAAAUGCCAGAAAAGCGCUAAAACCUUACCCUCAAGAAAACCUGGCAGACCUGCAAAAGUUAAGAUCUCUGGAAUCUCGGUCACUGUUACCACAGUUUCACCAAAACAACGAAAGAUUUUGAUUGAGCGAUCUCCUGACAGACAAAUUAACAAGAAAACACUCCUGCCAGAAUUCCAAAGUGUCAAAGAGCCCAGGACAAUUGGCAAGCACUUGCAAGCAGAGGAACAAAGAGAAUCCCAGAGCGUAAGUUGGCCUAAUCAGCCUGUAGCUGUCCGUCAGUCAAAGAGAGUGAGCAAGCCAUCCAUCUGUUUCUUGCACGCCGUUGCCACCUCCACAACUAGAUCCUACAGUCACAGUAACGCUCUCUUACGCCGCUCUAAAAAACUUUUGCUCAACAAGGCCAGCCAUAAAAGGAAACAAGAGGAGAAGCAGAGUAGAGUAGAACGUUCUGGAAUGAAAAGGCAACACUGCGAUCUGGAGAGGAAGAACAUCUCUAAGGAACUUACCCGAGUGGCAGGUGUUUCUGUGGAUUCAAUCUUUGCUCCAAAGGAAGCAUUCCGCUGGUGGCCGGCGUCGGCUGAGGAACAGGCUUUGAAGCAGGAGCUUGCCAGACGUAUACGCCUUAUCUCCGACACCUGGGUCUCGGACACUGUGGAGAACCAUCAAGUAGACAUUAAAGUCAAAGUAGACACAGAUGAAAGCAAGUCGUCUGUGGUUCAAACACUGUUCAACUGCCCCCCAAAUAAACCCAGAUCCUGUAGUAUGCCACAGCUCUGCUCCUGGUUCAUGCAGACCACAGAAACACAGUCCUUGGCCAUUGUCAAGAAGGCAAGCUCUCGCAAUCCUUACGAAGUCAUGCACUUCCCUCGCUUGCUUAACAAGCACGGCGUUCAUCGCCAAAGUCCUCAGGCAGAACGGCUCCGCAGACAUCUCAAGAAGUUUGCCAAGACUUUGCCAAAAAGCCCUGUCCAGCUUAAACAGGCUGAAAGAAGGUUGAAGAGAAUGAGGGCGCCUCUGUUCAUCCGAAACAUUAAGCGACGACUUUUCAUUACCAGGAUGGUGAGCCAAGGACGCUCUAGCCAAUACCAAGCCACACUACUUAGGGCAAGGACGCGAUUCUUGACCCCACAACAAAGAAAGAGGUGGGCAAAAAAGCUGAUAAACUUUCAAGAGCCUUCAUGUAGGCUAAAACUGAAGGCAUCAAACACAGCAGCAAAAGAAGUCCAAUCUCAGCAAGACCCAAACAUCUCCUCUAACGCCUGGAAUGCUCAGUCACUGAAGGAAUGUCGAGUGUUUUUGAGAAAAAUCAACGAAUCAGAGGACUGGGACUCUUGCCCCUUGACACUGGAUGAUAAGUCCGCCUCUGUGUACAUAAACAAAGAGCUGCAACGAGUUGUUCAAGCUGUGAAAAGAAGAAAGACGAGCACCAAUGGCAGAGGUGCGGAGCCCGUACCUGAAACGCCAACGGGGAGGCAGAAGGAAGGCACAUGUCCUCACGAUGUGUCUGCUGAAGCACCACAGCCACCACCUGCGAAAAGGGUGCGACAGUCGCGGUUGAAGGGCUUAAGUGGGCCAAGGUGGUGCGAUUUUGUCUUUGGAAGCUAGCUGGUGAGGCCUCCUUCCGUCCCUUCUGGACUGUAUUUUUCUUUUUUUUUUUUUUGUCGUGCCUUUGGACACUGAGAUGACCUCCAUGUGGGCAGACCAUUCCACUGCAGUUCAGUCUACCUUAUGUAAGGAAAACUAGCUUGAUGUUGCACUAUUGUUAUAUGUACCGGAUCCUUUUUAAUGGCCUUUCCUUAAAUAAAACUAGUCUAGUCUGAAGACAGAACUGCUUAAGGCCCAGGGAGACCUUUUCAUCGAGACUGCCACUUCCCCUUAGAGUAAUAAUUGUCACAAGAGCUUAAACUUUUCACAUAUUUAAGUUUAGUUACCAACAUUAGCACUACUGAAAUGAAAAUUCUUUAAUUGUAUGUUAUUUUCACACAACCUGAGCCUAUUUUGCUAUGUACUUUGAGUGAUGAAGGCCAACCACAAUGUGCACAUCUUAGCAACAACUGAAGCAGUUUUUCUUUACUCAUGUUACAUUGAAAUUAGAUUCUUGUCGUUUUCGCCCAAAGCAUUUACAGCCUUGCACUAUUUUGCUAUUCAGAUUCCUUUCCCAAUAUUUUUGCACACCCACUGUCCUUCUACUAACACCUACUGUAAAUGGAGUCACUAUGGAGUCAUAUGUGGUGCAAUGGCUUAAUUUAGUAAUUUUAUUGCUGACGGAUAGUCUCAAUAGCCAUAGUGUGACUCCGAAUAAGCAUUGUACUACAUUUACUUGAUACUUAAAAUGGGAUGGGGAAUAAACAAGUGUUGUAUUUAGCAGAAUAGUAGCCAGAUAUGCAUGGAUGGAGCUCAACUCCCUGUAGCUAAUUUUGUGCUGUUCUUAUUGAGACCACAAACUAGUUAACUGAACCAACAGCACCUCUGCUGAUUGCAGUCCACUAGUGCACUUCAUCUUGCAAUUGCCCAGCCCGCAACUGUACAAUAUUUUUAGGUUCCAGAAUAAUCAGAAAAUAUUUUUACUAUAGCAUUAAAUGUUUCUGUUGUAGCAUUAUGUCCUGUUUAAAUGCAGUUGGGAGAUUACCUUCAUUUUAGCAACACAAGUUCCACUUUGAGACUAAUGUGGGCGACUGUUGCUGUGUGAUGGAUGAGUCAACACUAAUGUGUCUCUUGUAUGUGUAAAUGUGUAGUGUGUAUGUAUUUAUGCCACUGUAAGGGUGGCGGCCAAAUUUUGGGGACAAGUGAACUGCUUGAUGAAGUUGGUGCUAAACUUCUGUUUUGUUUUUCAUGUGUUUUUUUUUAUACUGAUGGAUGUGUGAUGGCGAUGUUUGGACAAAUAAAGAUGUUUUUUCCCUAAAUACCAUGUGAGCAG